GACGGACAACUGACAGUGAAAUUUAUUAUUUUCGUUGAUUGAUGAUUCUCACAUAGCUUAAUCAUUCGAAUCUUAAUUUAUAAAAUUCUGUUGUAAAUAUUUAAAAAAACCAGCUAAUAAUUGGAUCUCUUACGAGAUUUUCAAACAAAUUAUAAUUUUCGCUUUAGUUUUUCACCAUGCAAAGUGUAAUAAAUACGGUAAAAGGUACUGCUCUCGGGGUGGCCGGAUAUUUGACGCCUGUUCUGAAGGAAUCUAAGUUCCAUGAGACUGGGGUGCUGACGCCUGAGGAGUUUGUGGCUGCGGGAGACCACCUGGUCCACCACUGUCCAACAUGGCAAUGGGCCAAGGGCGAGGAGGCCAAAGUGAGACCUUACUUGCCAGCCGAUAAACAGUUUCUCAUAACAAGAAACGUGCCGUGCUAUAGAAGGUGCAAGCAGAUUGAAUACUGUGAGGAUAAGGAGAAGGUGAUAGAAACGGAGAACGAUGAGGAUGGCGGCUGGGUGGACACCCACCACUAUGAUAACACGGGCUCGCCCACUCUGGAGGAAAAGGUAUGCGAGAUGACCCUGGAGGCGGCAGACACAGGCGACAGCGAUGGCGAGGAAGCUGGCAAUCCUGAUGAGGAAGAAGACGAGGAUGAAGACGGCGAGGCGGAGGACAUGGAGCAGUUCCAGGAGUCGGGCCUGCUGGAUGAGGUGGAUCCGUCGACUGACCUAGCGCCGCGUAAGGAUUCGAAGCCGAAGCCCGAGCGCAAGCCGAAGGCGGACGGCGACGAGAUCGUGCGCACGCGCACCUACGACCUCCACAUCACCUACGACAAGUACUACCAGACGCCUAGACUCUGGCUCAUUGGCUAUGAUGAGAACCGCACGCUGCUGACAGUGGACCAGAUGUACGAGGACGUGUCCCAGGACCACGCCAAGAAGACGGUGACCAUGGAGUCUCACCCGCACCUCUCCGGGCCCAGCAUGGCCUCCGUGCACCCCUGCAGGCACGCGGAAGUUAUGAAAAAAAUCAUAGAAACUGUAACGGAGAGCGGCGGUGAGAUGGGCGUGCAUUCCUACCUCAUAGUGUUCCUGAAGUUCGUUCAGACUGUCAUUCCGACCAUAGAGUAUGAUUUCACGCAAAACUUCUCUAUCAAUUAGUAGGUUUUAAUAGUGUUGCCAAAAACUAUGUCUGUAAUGUCGAUAGGCUAACAGUAGCAUCGAUACUAAUGAUAGUUUGAAUAUCCGAAAGUUAUCAGAUGUUAUCUAUUAUUUGGAUAGGCAAAGAUUGCCGUUUUUGUCAACUAUCAAUGGUAUUUAAAUGAUUAGAACAGUGAUGGCGCUUAAGACUAUGGUCUAUAAUAUCUUUAUCGAUAGUUUUAUAUUCGAAUGGCAUCACUAGCAUCGAUAAUAUCGAUAACUAUGGAUAGGUACAGUCAAAGACAUAUCAAGUUACCCUGCAUGCAAAGCUUACUUAGACGUGUGGCGUUUUAGUGAAACGUCGCAGGUAAGAGAAACAAGAGAUGAUUAAAAAAUUUAUAGAAUAAAGAGCAACUUUAUUUGGACUAGUUUUAAAGGUAAAGAGAGGUCGUGGGUUUGGGUAUAGUCACGAGAUCCAGCAAGUAGCCGCUAGAGAAUAGAAAGCUUCUUAACUUGGUGAAUGCUGAUAGUCAAAAGGUGAACCCCGGGGUUCCCGGCUUGGGAGAGGGGCGCCGGGGAGACCCGGACGUCAUGACGUCACAAGCGGUUAUAGAUCCUUGCAGUGAAGUUUGGAUAGGUUAAUAUGCUGUUGACUGUACUAUUUUUUUUCUUCUCAAACUAUCAAUGGUUGACUAUCGAGCGGCAACACUAGUUUUUAGAAUUCACUGUCUAGCUUGGAGCACGGUUACGGCUGUGAUGUUUGUGGCGACGUUAGUGCCAUCUAUGUUGUGGAGCGGGAACUGCACGGCUUGUUUAAACGUGUCUGCGUGCUUGAAGUUGCCACUUUCAAAUGAUGUUAGACUUCCUCGCUGCAUUAUUUAUAAAUAAUACAGGUAUUAAAUGCGCACGAAAACGUAGUACCUUUAUUUGAUUGAUCUCUGACGUCGCUCGGUGAGUACGGAUCAUUGUAACAUGAUUUUAAAUGUCAGAUAAAAAGGCACGUUAUGUGCGCCUUUAUAACCUGUAUUAUUUAUAAAUGCCACUUGCAAUUUAAAAAGGGAAUAUGAUAUUUGUUUAAUGUCUAAACAAGCCUAUAUGGGCAAGCAUCAACUCGUUGCACAAAAUUUAAACUCGGGCUCGUACUGCUCUACCGCCGUGCCGCAGUGUGACGACAUUGAAGAGUUUCUUGUAUCACAAAUUGGCGCGCGCCCGCUCUCAAAUUGCGCUGCUUCUGACCUGCUUUUUGUGUGCUCAGGCCUUAUGCAGUUCCCGCCCUAUUAAGUGCAAAGAUUAUGAGAGUUCGUUGUCGGAUGCGAUGUACUGGCAGCGACGCUGUAAGUCAUACUUUUCAUUGUUCGAUUGAAUUGAACAAGAAAUAUAAAAAACAAUUGCAGAGAAAAGAGAUGAAUGAAGGACGCUUCACUUAACUCCACCGGCAAGAGUUAGCGUUAGCUUAAGGCGAAUAUGUAAUAUAAUAAAUCUAGAAAUUACAUAAAAACUGCAACAUCCCAAAAGUAAAAGUACUAGCCCCAUUUUACUAUUGUUAGUUAGAUUAAUAUAUUGUGCACGCCUUAACCUUUUCACAAUUUGCCUCCUCGCGGAUCUUUUUUUAUUGAAAUAAGCAGCACUGUGCUAAAGUUUGUUAUAUACUGAUUUAUAUUUGUAAGCUGGGUAUAUAUAUGAAUUUGGUAAAUAAAUAUAAAUGUUAAUGAUUGUUAAAUGCUCAAUUGACAACAUUCGCCGUGCUCAUCUCAGUUAUUUUAUCAUAAUGUAAGCUAUAUUAGAAAUAUAUAAUUAUUAUGCGUUGGCCACGCAGUGUUAAGGUGCGUUUCCGCAAGCACAAUCCUGAGACAUUAACUUGUCAUAAUUGGCAAAUGGAACCGCCCCUUAACAGCGUUACGUCAUUUCUGCUACACUUUAGUCCUUGUGUAACGCAUUUUUAUACAAAAAGCAUUUUGUAUUCUUUUGUAUAAAUGUACUUCAAUAAUCAUAUUUAACUAUUCUGUUCUAUGUAUAAUUUUGUUUGUUAUUAACUUUUGGUCUGUCGUAAUUUUGUGUCAACUUCUUUAUAUUAAGACAAGAGACAAAGUCUGUCCAGUACAAUGUUUAGGAAACAUUCCCAAAAAGCCAUAGAGUAAAUGUAACUACGCCCGCACUCCAAUGCUUAUCUCCCGUUUUAUAAAUAUAUGUAUUUCAUAAUUUUUAUUGUACGUAAGAUGUGUUUCGUAAUUUUGUAGUUAUUUUUGUAGGAAUGUGCGCUAGUCCAGUAGGCUAGUAGUGCUAGUCUAAAAAAACUUAACAGAAGCUACUCGGUUAAGUUUUUUUUAGACUAGUUCAGACUUAAGUUUUUGCAAAAAAUGGCAAGAACUAUUAAGCGGUAAUGAUACGCUACUGCCGAUUAAACGUACUGUUUAUUUUUGCGAACUUACUGCAGAUCGAUAAUCUUUCGCAAGAAUAAAGUUAUUUAAAAUUUUAAAGCACAUCUUAAGUAAAUCAAAAGAAUCUAUGUUGGAGUGAGUCACACCGACUUGCCAUAGGAUCGUUUCGACCAAUAGCCGUUGGUGAUAAUUUUAUUUUCUAGUGUUAUAUUUAGUUCUUAGAUAUUUUGUACAAUAUUACUCAAGCUACAUAUAUUAUGCGUUAUUAAGUUUUGUUUAAAGUUAUUUUCUUAAAAAUAUUUUGCUAUAA